GAUGCUGUCCAAUUGCAGUGCGAAACUAAGCCCGGCAUCGGACGGUGAUCGGGACGCACCGGGCAAUGACAGAACACAUCGCUGGAGGACAUGUGAAGUUGGAAUCCCGCUAAACUAAUGCUGUGAAGUGGCUCUGUCCCUGGAGCCAAGACUUCAUCCCCUUGGUGUCAGCGAGGAUGCUGUGGGUUACCUUGCUGAGCACCAUAGCCUUAGGAUGGACCACCCCGAUCCCACUACUAGAGGACUCCGAGGAGAUCGACGAGCCCUGUUUCGAGCCCUGCUUCUGCGAGGUCAAAGAGGGCAUCUUCCAUGUCCACUGUGACAGUAAAGGAUUUACAAAUGUCAGCCAGAUCUCACAGAUAUGGAGCAGGCCGUUCAAGCUCAACCUGCAGAGAAACUCCAUGAGGAAGCUGUACUUUAACAGCUUCCUCCAUCUCAACAAUGCCAUAUCCCUUAACCUGGGUAAUAACGCCUUGCAAGAUAUCCAUGCGGGAGCGUUCAAUGGCUUAGGAAUACUCAAGCGGCUGUUCCUACAUGAAAACAAACUAGAAGUUUUCCGCAAUGACACUUUUCUGGGGUUGGAGAGUUUAGAGUAUCUCCAGGCGGACUACAAUGUUAUCAAACGGAUUGAAAGUGGUGCAUUCAGGCACCUUCACAAAUUGAGAGUGCUCAUACUAAAUGACAAUCUGAUCCCCGUGCUCCCAAAUUAUCUUUUCCGGUCUGUGUCACUCACACAUCUGGACCUGAGAGGAAACAGACUAAAGACAAUGCCGUAUAAGGGCACGCUGGAGUACGUUGGAAGGAGCUUAAUGGAAAUCCAGCUAGAGGAGAACCCCUGGAACUGUGUGUGUGAGAUUGUCCAGUUAAAAACUUGGCUGGAGAGGAUUCCUUAUACAGCUUUGGUAGGUGAGAUCACAUGCGAGUACCCAUUCCACUUACAUGGGAAAGACUUACGGGAAAUCAAGCGCAGUGAACUCUGUCCGCUGCUUUCAGACGCAGAGAUUGAGGCCAAGCUGGGAAUUCCCCGGAUCCCGUUCAGCAAUGAGAACACAUGGCCUACUAAACCUUCCUCCAUGCUCUCGUCUUUUCACAACACAGCCUCUUCUGUGGAAUACAAGGAAAGAGUUAUCAAGCCCACCAAACGACCUCGGCCCACAAAGAACCCUCCAACCCCUCGUAGCAUGCAUCCAGGCAUCGACCGGGCCCCUGUUGCUGGCUACCAAACAAGGCCUCCCAUCCCAAUAAUUUGUCCAGCUGGAUGUACUUGCAACCUUCACAUCAAUGACCUGGGACUAACAGUGAACUGUAAAGAGAAAGGCUUUCACAACAUCUCUGAGCUCCUCCCGCGGCCCCUCAAUGCCAAGAAAUUAUAUCUCAGUGGGAACUUAAUUCAGAAAAUAUACCGAUCUGAUUUCUGGAACUUCUCAAGUUUGGAUUUACUGCAUUUAGGGAAUAAUCGGAUAUCCUACGUCCAAGAGGGCGCCUUUAUCAACCUGCCAAACUUGAAAAGUUUAUAUCUGAAUGGGAAUGACAUUGAGAGACUCACCCCUGGGAUGUUUCGGGGGCUUCAGAUGUUGAGUUAUCUUUACUUUGAAUAUAAUGUCAUACGUGAGAUACAACCCAACUCCUUCUCCCUAAUGCCAAACCUCCAGCUGGUUUUCCUCAACGACAACCUGUUACGCUCCCUCCCCAAUGACGUCUUUGCUGGCACCAACCUUGCACGCCUCAACCUCCGAAACAACUACUUCCUUUCCAUGCCUGUGCGUGGUGUUCUGGAUCAUCUGACCUCCAUUGUCCAGAUUGACCUCCAUCAGAACCCCUGGGACUGCUCCUGUGAUCUCAUCCCCUUCAAGCACUGGCUGGAAAAGCUCUCCUCUGUCAUUGUGGUUGGAGACGUCAUCUGCAAGACACCUGAAUUUGCGUUUGGAAAGGACCUGCGUUUGCUGGAGGUUGAGGUCAUCUGCCCCGAGCUCAAGUAUUCUUCAGGCCCAUCCCCUGCCCUGCCUGGUGGGGAUGACCUCACCACAGGGCGCUCUGACAUUGGGGAAGCAGUCGGGAGAGGGGCUGUCCCGCUGUCGGUCCUCAUUCUCAGCCUACUCAUCCUCUUCAUCUCCGCUGUGUUUGUUGCUGCGGGGCUUUUCGCCUUUGUUCUUCGUCGCAGGAAGAACCUUCCCUUCCGGAAACGUUCCGAGGUAGAUCUGACGGGGAUCCAAAUGCAAUGCAGGAUUUUUGAGGACCCGCCAAGGCAGAGCUGCGCUGGCAACACUGGCACACCAGAGAAACCGACAUCCAGUAUGCACACACACACUCACACUAGUCACACGCACGCCCAUGGUCACGUUUAUGAUUACAUCCCCCACCCUGUGACUCAGAUGUGUAACAACCCCAUCUAUAAGCCUAGAGAGGGGGAAAUAGCAGAGGAAGACAGAGCGCAGUUUUCAGAGAAGAAAGACAAUGGCAGCGGUAGCAACAGUAACUACAGAACCUUAUUAGAGAAAGAGAGAGAGUGGACCAUGGCCAUCUCCAACUCUCAACUCAACACUAUCGUCACAGUUAACCACUCCACAGCUGACAUGGGAGGAUUUCAUGAGAACGGAGGGCUCUGCCCUACAGUAAUUGACAGUCAGAGGCCCACACCAACAGUGGGCUUUGUAGACUGUUUGUAUGGGACGGUACCCAAACUAAAGGACAUGCAUGUGGCGCAUGCGCACCCACCAGGCAUGCAGUACCCGGAUUUGCAGCAGGAUGCACGGCUGAAGGAGACAUUGCUUUUCACGGCGGGGAAAGGCUGCUACAUCGACCCGUCCCAAAGCGAUUACCUCGAGUCAAGGGCCAAACUUCAAACCAAGCCGGAUUACCUCGAAGUCUUGGAAAAAUCGUACCGGUUUUAACAUCUCUGUCCCAUGGAGAAAAAACAAAAACACAAAAUCAACACAUUCACUUUGCCACCCUGAAAACAAAAAUCACCCCAAAACCAAUACAACAAAAAACAAACUUGAGAGAGCAGCAUGAUAUAAAAUACAAUAUUAUAUUACAGUUACCACAAAGUUUCCCCCCCAAAAUCUCUUUGGAGGAGAGGCCAUUCUCAGAUAUUUCAAUGAAGUGCCUUUUUUUCAGAGUAGCCAGCAAUGUCAACAGCCGUUAUUUUUAUAAUAUAUAAAUAUCUCUAUAUGCCCAAGAAAGAGAGCAAAAGUGGAAUGAGAGGGGCACCGGGGAAUAAAACAUAAAAAAACAUCCGUCACUAGAACCCCUUUUCAUGGAGUUACCAAGAUGCGCAAGAAGCAACGGAGCUGGACGUCUCCCUGACUUUGGGGUUUCUUUCUGUACUCUGUAACACCUGACUAGGAUGUACAAACACCCGGAGGCCGUGCACAUGAAGUUUUUAGGAAAUGAUCGAAAGAGAGAAAAAAAUACAUAUAUUAAAAUGAACUGCAGUUUGCUGCAUGCACUCGCUUUGGUGCAGGAAGCGAGGGGAUUUACUCAGACUAUCACAUCACAUAAUGAACAGAGAUACUGCAACACAUUUACAGUUCAGUGUUCUAUUUAAUUUUUAUAUCUUAUUAAUAUGGUUAUUACUAUAAAUGAGGACGUCUGUCUAUAUCAGGGUGCUUCUCGUAAAAAGGACGCGCCGACGCACGGAUGGUAAAACAUUUGUGAAUAUUAUUAUAAGACAACGCUCGAGGUUUUCUGGAUAUUUCCACGCACUUUGUUGACACCCCUUCCAUUGCUUCUGGAUUCCCCAUCGUCAUCCACUAACGGCUUUGUAGGAGGCACUUUUAAUGUUUUCUCUCUCACAAAGAUUUGAAGAAAAAUGUGCAUAUAUUUAUUCUGUAAUUUCAGUGAAGAAUUUAAUUGUAAAGGUAAUGUUAAAUCAAUGUAUAGUGAUUAUGCGUCUGGUAUAGCCUUCUUAAUAAAAACAAACUCUUCAAUCAAAUGAUGAAAGGGUUGAUGCCACGGGAAGCUGUGUGUUGAGCACUAUUGGCAGGCUGUGUAUUUGGUGUCUUGUUAAUGGCAUGUAGGUGCUGUGGCCAACCAUCAUGAGGUAACGCUUCUGGAGAUGGGAGAAUAGCUACUGAACCAAUAGAGUGCUAGACAGAAAUGUUGUAGAGGGCAAUUACAUUUAAAAUGAGUUCAACUGCUUUAUAUUUUCGGAUUAGUAGCAGAUUAAUUUAAGUCAUAGGGAAAGGGUCAACUAAAAGGGCAAAAAAAUCUUUUUUUUGUUUUAUUUUCUGGGAAAUAUAAUCACCUUCCUCUGUUUUUGGUAGUUCGGCUUAUGAUCUUCACCUGCUGGAUACAAUAGUGUACUAUCUUUAUUUGCCACUAUAUUACUUUUCCUAGUAGGAUGUAAAAGAACAAGUCAAGUGAAUUCUGCAGAUUUUGAAGUCGAUAAUUUGACUUGAUAUACCAAAUCAGUGAGGCACGCUGCAAUUUUAGUUAUCUUAACGGGUAUCGCUGAUGUAGGCCAAUACGCAGUAGUUUAGAGGGCGAAUGAUUGGGUGUCGCUCUUUGAAUUUGCACAUGUAAUAUCUGACUCCUUCCAUAGUAGCAAUGUGGAUUUAUUCCACUGGAGGGCGAUAAAAAGACUUUCAGAUUCAUUGGGUGUUUAGUAUUUUGGACGCCGUUAUAAUGUAAUGCACAAAAUGUUUAUUUUAAGAGAUCAUCAUGUCACAUAUUCUGUACGAAUUAUUUUGAAAAAUAUCUAUACAUAAAAAUACCUACAAGUGUCAUAAGAUUUUUUUAUCCAUUCCAGCACAGUUUCAUGCUUUCUUUUCACGUGCUAUAUUUCAACCAAUUGACUUGAAAACAGGUCAUUCUGGCUGCAUCAACAAAAUGAAAAAAAAAAAAUUCCCUUAAGAUAAAUGAACCUUCAAUAGUCUCUACCACAGCAAAUAAUAAUUGUUUAACUUUUUUGCUGUGAUUUUUUGAUAUCUGAUAUUUCCAUAUCCAAGCCGGAAUCAUUCUUGGGACCAAAUAGUACAUGUAGACAAAAAAGGUUGAAGCAGCUGCGGAGAAAAUAUGGUAUUACAGGUCGCAUCAUUAAAGUGCUUUUUCAUUUUUCCUCUUUCUGAAGUGAAAUUUUAAUUUGGGAAAAAUAAAAUGCAAUCUUGAUGUCUAUACAUUUGUGAAUAUCUAU